AUGCCAGGCGAUGAGCCAUCCUCGCACUGGAACGGGAAGCCGUUCCCGACCGCAGCGAGCACUGAGCAGGAUGGGUCCCGCGAAGAGAUCGAGCGUCUUCAGGCCGAGCUGGGCAACCUGAGGGAGAUGAUGGCCGAACUUCGGAAGGACCAGCAGCAAGUCAAAGAGAAUCAGGAGACUUUGGGGACCACGCUCUCCGGCCUGAAAGACAAGGAAGACGCUGGCCACGCCGAUGAGGUUCUCGAGUGGUGGGAAAAGUCAAAGUCGCCAGGUCCCAGCAUUGCUUCCCCUUUGACGCGCCUGGCGCCAGGUAUUGGCAAGGGGCGGCGUAGAUUUGUGUUCUUGUGGUCCCUGGUCCUUGCCCUGGCGGCCUUCACCGCCACACGCCUGGCGGCCUUUGUGGCUGCGCCUGCGGCGCCCAGCCCACCGCUCCGUCGCCACAGUGCCGUGGCGCUGGCAGCCCGAGGCGGCGGCGAGUUCGACAUCAGCAGCUUGGUCGGGAGUGAUGCGGACAUCCAGACUUUCUACCAGUCACUGUUGACGGGAAAUGGCGGUGACCCGCCUAAGGGCACCGUGCUCUCCGAGCUGGUUGUGAAGUUCUUCCACGGCGAGUUUACGCCUCAGGGCUUCAAGCGCUACUCCGGCCUGUGGAAGGGCCCACCCCCGGGCAACAUUGGCAAGAAGGACAUUGCCGUGGGAGUGCAGGGCUUGAUCGCACAGAUGAAGAACCCCAUGUUCGUGACCAAGGGAGGCGUCGGCUACGGCGUCGACGAGACCCAGAAGGUCGAGGACGAUGGCAAGGGCUGGGUCUGGCUUGCUGCGGAAAUGAGCCCCGGAGGUCUGGCUCUGGAGCUUUUCAAGUCCGUCCCGUAUGGCAAGCGCGCCCUUCUCGUGGCGCAGCAGAGCAACGUGGACGAGCUCUUCAGCAAGGUGAACUGGGACGUCGCCCUUGGAAACAUCGAGAAGACCUUCGGAGGGCCGCAGAUCAAGCAGCGCUGA